ACAACCAUCCACAACUCUCUGAAGAUGCUUGGAUAAUAAGAGUUAAUGCAGUAUUUAAUUUUUCUUUUGGAUGAAAAAAGCAUUUUUUAAUUGAAUUGAAACGGGUCAUAUUUAUCACCCUUUAUCAAAGAAACAGUUGGGGUCAAAAACGCUCCUUUCUAUAUGUUAUAUGUUGAUUCCCGCUAGACUCGGCUUCAACUGAUAUGUCUGCGUAUAAUUAUAGGUGGUCCGUGUAACAUUACGUGAAAUGGAAAGUUAGUUUUAAUUUCUAAUUCAGAUCAAGCUUUUAUUUUGAAGUCCAGUACGACCUGAAAUCCAACGGAAGUGAUUGCCUCCUAGCAACAUGGCCUCCGUCAUCAACGUUUCGUUUCCCCUCUUUUAAUAAGUGAAAAUUACACUUUAGUAGUCUGUCGAGUAUAAUAUAAACAUUUCAUAGUAUUAAAACUUUUUCACCGCCGAUAUGAGAGAUUUUUGCUGUUCAUUUUCCUCCCAGAAGUACUGGAAGCGUCGAGCGUUAGCUUAGCAUGUUAGCCGGAAACGGACGUAUUUUUUUCUGAAGUAGUUUAAGAAAAGUUUUAACUUCGAUUGUGUGAAAACCUUAGAAGGUCUCGACUUUGGAGAAAACACAGAAGAUACGGAGGAACCGACCCAGAGUGAGGAGACGGACUUUAAGUGUGAAGACGUCCAGCAGCUGAUGGAGACUAAAGAGGAGGAGAACUGGAGUCAGGACCAGGAGGACCAAAAACCUCCACAGAUUAAAGAGGAGCAGGAGGAGAAUGAGAUCACUCAGACAACAUUCAGUCCUGUUCCCGUGAAGAGUGAAGAAGAUGAUGAGAAACCUCAGUUCUCAGAGCUUCAUCACAACCAAAAUGAGAAAAACGGAGACUCUGUGAAACCAGAUGAAUGUUUGAAGUCUGACGACAAAGACAGAGAUUCCUCAGAGACGGACAUAAGUGAUGGAAACUGGGAGGAGAGCGGUGAAGCUCAGUCAGGUUUGGGGUCUGGGCCAAAUAAAACGCUUGGUGCUUCUGGAAAGACUAAAGAUGAUGAAAAUCACAGUCAAACUGUGAAGAACAGAAACUCUGUAGAACCAAAUGAAUGUUCAAAAUCAGAUGUUGAAGAUGAAACUUCUGAAUCUUCUUCAGAGUCUUCAGAGACGGACGUCAGUGAUGGAAACUGGGAGGAGAGCAGUGAAGCCCAGUCAGGUUUAAACUCCACUACCAAUAGGGAGUCCUGUGGACGUUUCAGCUGCUCUGAAUGUAGUAAAACCUUCACUCGGAGACAGUAUUUAUCAGAACACCAGAGAAUCCACACAGGAGUGAAACCCUUCAGCUGCUCCGUCUGCAGCAGAGCUUUUAGAUGGAAAAAUGGGUUAGUGCGACACAUGAAAUCCCACAGUGGAGAAAAACCUUUUAGCUGCUCAGACUGUGACAAAACUUUUUCUUCUAAGAAGAAUUUGAUGGAACACACCAGGGUUCACUCAGGGGAAAAACCUUACACCUGCUCUGUCUGUAAUGCAUCUUUUAAGAGAUCACACACCUUAAAGGAACACAAAACAACCCACACUGGAGAGAAACCUUACAAAUGCUCGAUCUGCAACCAAAGCUUCAGGUACCGGUCCUACCUAAUCGUUCACGUGAGAAAUCACAAAGAAGAAAAACCGUUCAGCUGUUCCACCUGUAAAGCAACAUUCAAACGGAAACUCACUUUAGAGGAACACAUCAGAACCCACACUGGAGAGAAACCUUACAGCUGCUCGCUGUGCAGUAACAGCUAUGUCCGCUAUAUAAGCCUGUCUCGCCACAUGAGGUGUCACACAGGAGAGAAACCAUACAGCUGCUCCACCUGUCAGGCCACGUUCAGGUGGAGACAAGCGUUCGUGGCCCACGCAAAGAUCCAUCCAGUGAUGAAAACCGCAGCUUUGGAGAAAAUACGACUAACAGAGAUGGAGGAAACGACACAGAGUGAGCAGAUGGACUCUGACUGUGAUGAUGUCCAGAAGGUGGUGGUGAUCAAAGAGGAGCUUUCUGCUGAGGAGGAGAUCUGGAGUCCCAGACUGGAUCAGGAGGAAAAGAAGCCUCUGCAGAUUAAAGAGGAGCAGGAAGAGAAUGAGAUUAUAAAGUUUAUAUUCAAUCCUCUCACUGCGAAGAGUGAAGAUGAAGAGAAACCUCCGCUCUUAGAGCUUCAUCACAGCCAAACUGAGGGGAACAGAGACUCUGUUGGAGCAGAACCAGACCAAUAUGUAGAAUCAGAUGUUGAAGAUAAAAAUGUGGGUUUGUCUUCAGAUUCCUCAGAGAUGGAGGUCAGUGAUGAAAACGGGGAGGAGAUCAGUGAAACUCAGGCAGGUUUUGGAUCUGGGAAAAUUAAAAAAGUUCUCGUUGGUGAAAGAGGUUUCAGCCCUGGUCCUCUGGAGAGUGAAGAUGAUGAAGAGAAAGCUCAGCUUCAUCAUGGCAAAACCGAGGAGAACAGAGAGUCCGUGGAAACAGAUGAAUGUUUAGAAUCAGAUCCUGAAGACAAAACUUCUGAUUCAGAGACCGACGUCAGUGAUGGACACUGGGAGGAGAGUGUUCAAACACAAUUAGUGACCAAUAGUGAGUCCUCUGGUCGUUUCAGCUGCUCUGAAUGUAGUAAAACCUUCACUCGCAGACGAUAUUUAUCAGAACACCAGAGAAUCCACACAGGAGUGAAACCCUUCAGCUGCUCCAUCUGCAGCAGAGCUUUUAGAUGGAAAAAUGGAUUAGUGAGACACAUGAAAUCUCACAGUGGAGAAAAACCUUUUAGCUGCUCAGACUGUGACAAAACUUUUUCUUCUAAGAAGAAUUUGAUGGAACACACAAAGGUUCACUCAGGGGAAAAACCUUACACUUGUUCCAUCUGUAACACAUCUUUUAAGAGAGCACACACCUUGAAAGACCACAUCAGAACGCACACUGGAGAGAGACCCCAUAAGUGCUCGAUCUGCAACCAAAGCUUCAGGUACCGGUCUUAUCUAGUUGUUCAUAUAAGAGGUCAUGCAGAAGAAAAACCGUUCAGCUGUCCUACCUGUAAAGCAACAUUCAAACGGAAACUCACUUUAGAGGAACACAUCAGAACCCACACUGGAGAGAAACCUUACAGCUGCUCACUGUGCAGUAAAAGCUACGUCCGCUAUAUAAGCCUGUCUCGCCACAUGAGGUGUCACACAGGGGAGAAACCGUACAGCUGCUCCACCUGUCAGGCCACGUUCAGGUGGAGACAUUCCUUCGUGAAUCACACAAAGAUCCAUCCAGCGAUUUAACCUCUCAGCUGCAAAGCGUCAGUCGGUCUCUGACAUUGGAGAUGAGAAAAACGAAGAACACCUUCCAGCUGGUCUGUUGGCAAAACAGCUUUUCAAAGAACCUAAACUCUGUAGGACAACAUUGAAAGUAAAUAUAAAGAGAAGCUGUUCAAUUGUAAAAACUUUUUGUAUACAAAUCUAGUUAUAAAAAUGUAGUUGUAUUGCAAUGAAUUACAUUGUUCUGGACUGAAUGUAACUCUUAAAAUUGUUGUGAAUUGGCACCAUUUAAAGCAACUGAAUUGUUCUCACUGUUCUGUAGCUAAAGAAAAUCUGCUGAGAUGUUUGGAGAUCUUCCUGGGUUCAAACUCAUUAAUUCUUGUUAGUAAAAAUCAGUAAUGCAGAAAGGAAAACCACGUCUACUAUAUAUGUCAUGUGUGACUUAGUUGUAUGCAUUAAAUACAUAGCCUACAAUAAACAUUUGUGUUCUGAA